AUGUCCACCCGCAUCAAACCAAGCCCCAACACCCCCGAGAAGAUCCAGAUCCAGAAGCUCUCCCACGUCUACCUGCGCCACGCCGACCCCGAGGCCUUCCUCACCUUCGCUGCCGCCUUCGGCUUCGAGGAGGAGGCCCGCGACGACGACGCCGUCUAUCUUAGAGGCUACGGCGUCGAUCCCUACUGCUACGUCGUGCUGGGCAAGGAGCGCGCAUUCGAAGGCGGUGCAUGGACUGUGAAGUCGCGCGAGGAUCUCGAGAAGGCCAUGCGCCUGCCCGGGGCCACCAGGAGGGAUCUGGUGGGUGUACCGGGCGCCGGCGAACUCGUGUCGGUGUCGUCGCCCGGCGGAACGAAGAUGCAUCUCCUCUGGGGCCAGCAGACGCGAGCGGCUCCGUCCACGGAGCCGUCGGCGCAAGUCGUCAGCGUGGGCCCUGCGAAUCAUCCGUUUAUGAAGGAGAGAAAGGGCGCCUUCCAGCGCUUCAAGCCCGGCCCAGCCAUGAUCCACAAGCUCGGCCACUACGGCUACAUCUCCAGCGCCUUCGACGCCGACCUCGCCUUCUACCUCGACAACUUCAACCUCACCCCCUCCGACAUCCUCUACGAUCCGUCCCAGCCCGCCCUCGACAUCCUCGCCUUCCUACACGUCGAUCUCGGCACUGAAUUCAGCGACCACCACUCGCUCUUCAUCCAGCGUGCACCAACACCACCCUCAACUCCACCACCACCCUCACCACCACCCUCACCCCCAUCCCUAUCCUCAUCACCAGCAACAGAUCAAACCCCCAACUCCCACCCCCACCCCCACCCGCCCCCCGCCAUCAUGCACCACACCUCCUUCGAAGUCUCCGACUUCGACACCCAGCUCCUCGGCCACCAGUGGCUCGCCACCCAGCCGGGCCCCCACGCCCCCGUCUGGGGCGUCGGUCGCCACGUGCUCGGCAGCCAGAUCUUCGACUACUGGCGCGACCCCAGCGGCUUCAAGAUCGAGCACUACGCGGAUGGGGACGAGGUGAACUGCGAGACGCCCGUGGCGAGGCUGCCGGCGGGCCCGGAUACGCUUUCCGUGUGGGGACCGCCGCUGCCGGUGGACUUUGGGGAGGCGGAUUGA